CGUCGCCGUCUGCCGCUGCUCACAGCUCACUCAUGUCUGCGGGACAACAGCCCGACUUCUCCAGCGACGCGGUGUUCAACAGCCGGUUCCCCCUCCACCGCGCAUGUCGGGACGGAGAUGUUGGCGCUUUGGUCUCCCUGUCUCAGGAGCUCCCGAACCGGGCUCAUCUGACCGCUGAAGACUCCUGCUACGGAUGGACCCCCAUGCACUGGGCUGCUCACUAUGGACAGCUGGAGUGCGUGGUGCGUCUGGUGCAGAUGGGUUGUGAGGUAAACACGGUGACCAGCCGCUUCAACCAGACUCCAACACACACUGCAGCGUUUGGAGGACAUCCUCACUGUGUGGUGUGGCUGACUCAGGCUGGGGCUGACGUCAACGGGCAGGAUUUUGUAGGUGAGGCUCCCAUCCACAAGGCAGCUCGAUCAGGUAGCUUGGAGUGUAUCCAGGUCCUGUUGAUAGCAGGUGCUAAGCCACAUUUAAGGAAUGCCAACGGGCAGACAGCAGCAGACCUGGCCCACGCUCACGGCUUUCAGGACUGUGUCCUCUUCAUCUCCAAAACCCAGAAGCACCUGCUGCAACUCGGCGGACUCCACGUGAACGGACUGCAGAAUGGAAACGGUGACCCGUGUGGUCCGGGCCUGCUCAGCAGAAAGAGGCUGAUGACUGCUGUGGACACGGGUCACAUGAAGAAAGCCAAGAAAACCGAUAAUGUGUUGGUGCAGACGCAGAGCAGUGAAGGUGAGGAGCUGGAGAGCAUGAACAUGGACUCUGCACCGGAGCUCGGCUCAGCAGAUGACUACAACAAAGCCAUCACCAAUGGCCAUCAUCACACGGCGCCUUACGCUGACCAGGAUGGCCCCGAGCCGCCUAAGAGCCUCUCCUCGCCGUCCUCCCAUCCAGCCAAUCAGCAGUCAGCAGCUCAAGCUCAGGACUCGUUUGCCGACAUGUGUGGGUCGCUGCACCUGAGCAGCAGUCCCAGCAGCUGCGUGUCCCACCGGCCGUCCUGGCGCGGGCUGACGGGAGCAGACUGCGGGGACUUCCUGCAUUACGGACACUACCACGGCUUCGGAGACACGGCAGAGGAGCUGAGCGACAGCAGCCACCUCCACUACAGCAGCGGCAUCCAGGCUGAGCACAAACACAAGAAGGCUGUGGCGAGCGCCGUCCACCUCUACCACGGCUCAUAAAGACAGAGGGUUAGCCUCACAGCCAGCCUGCUGCACACGGGGAAGGAUUUGUUUUUUUUUUAAAUGCUUGCUUUAAAGAACUCUGACAUUCUGUGAAAUAAUAAUUUGAAGCCAAACCUAAAGUCACUACUACACAAAUCUAGUGUCUAAUUAACAUUAGUCGACAUAUGUUGUAGAAAUGAAAAUGGAAAAAAGAUAGUUGUGGUUUAGGAAAAGUUGGCAUUGGAGAUGUUUGCAGCAGCUGGGUGUGGUGAAUGCACACGCUACCUGCGUCCCAGCUCCACACCCCAAGCUAUACUGUCAUAGUUUAUACAAAUUUGCACUUCUCCCGUCAUCUUUAUGCUUUGUGGUCACGUAAAUUUUAAUUAUAUACGGUGCACAUCACACUCAGAAUCGAGUGUAUUUUAGUCUAUUUUUUAUACUAAAUGUUGUUGCUUUUUCAUAUUUAACAUCAGACUCAAAAACUGUUGAACUGAGUUAGUGUUUAAAAUGGAAACGGGACAGAGCUAGUGUCCAAUAGUCCUGUCCUCAUGGUGGGGUUACCAGCUAUCCAUACUGACUAAAGUAAACACAGGUGACUCUUGGGUGUAGCGGUGAGGAGCUCUGCAGCUGUGGGAAGCUGUCGUACUUCACUUUUGACAGUUUUCCCCUGCUUGUAGUCUUUGUGCUAAGCUAGGCUAAACACAAUCUAGACCUCCGGUAUCUCUGCACAAAAAUGAAACUGACAAUAAUACUACUAAUAUUGUCAGCCGUGGAUGGUCUUUGCUCAGUUCUCCUGGAGAUGUCUAAUAUCCAAAUGAAACAACGCAGACAUUUCUCAAAAUGUCAGAUGUCUCUUUUAAGGCUGCAGUAUUUUGGAUUUAUCUCAAAUGAAGGCCAGAUCUGUGACCCACUGGCUCUGGAUGUGACGGUGUUAACAGGUUUGUUGGCUGGACUAAUUGAAUUCCCCAGUGUCCACAUCUCCGUCUGUCGUUGGUCAGAAACGUUUCCUGUUUGUUUCCUGCUCACAUAUAAUGUUGAUUCUCUGUAGUAAACAGCUGGAGGUGUGCAUUGUUGAGGAGCUGCACCUGUCAGACAGUGUAGUAUUACUUUCCUGAACUUCCUCUGUCACCUUCUAGUCUCCAUAUAUCCUCACUGAAGUCGAGUUUAAAGGAACACGCCCCAUUUCCUGCAGUGUAUUUCUGUAUUUACAACAUUGACCUUUCUGUUAGUCUACUGCUAAUGCUGGCUGGUUUGCACUAUUAAGGGCAGUCAGGUUGGAUUAUGUGGUGUUUUGUGCAUGUGGACAGUAGUUGAGGUGUGUGUUGAUGGAGGCGGUCCUCUCUCCAUGUGGCCUGAUCUGCCGUCCUUCAGCAGGGAGGAACAACUGCACUGAUACUGAAUACGCCUUGUUAGCUUCGAUCUACCAAAGGGAAUGUAUUAGUGUUUGUGUUUUUCAUUGCAUUUCAAAUUUUUGUAUUUAUGUUUUAGAGCAGUCCUUAAUCAGAGCUGUUUUGUAAUUUUAUAAAGCAUACUGCUGUGUGCCUCUUUUUGUAAACACUAUGUCAGCUGUGUGAAAAUGUGCAGCAUUUUGUGCCAAAACACUGACACCAACCAGGCACCGCUGCUUCUGACAAUUGUUUUUAUACUUGUUCUGCGUCUUUUCCAAUAAAACAUGUUUUACAGUUUCAUAAAAAUCGACCAAA